CCCAUUAGGUCGCCAAACUCAAGGGAACACAAUCAGAAGACUGCAAGAGGAAACUGGGGGCAAAAUAUCAGUAUUGGGAAAAGGUUCCAUGAGAGACAAAGCGAAGGAGGAAGAACUUCACAAAGGAGGGGACCCUAAGUAUGCCCAUUUAAACAUGGACCUGCAUGUGUUCAUUGAAGUUUUUGGGCCCCCUUGUGAGACUUAUACCCUCAUGGCUCAUGCUAUGGAAGAGGUUAAGAAGUUCCUUGUGCCAGAUAUGAUAGAUGAUAUCUGCCAGGAACAGUUUCUCGAAUUAUCUUAUCUGAAUGGUGUACCUGAGCCUAAUUGUGGGUGUGGGGUACCAGUAAGAGAAAGGGGAGCAGCUCCUCCACCUCCACCUGUUCCCAGGUGCCACAUUUUAAGAGGGACAUUGAAAAGCUGGAGUGUGUCCAGAGGAGGGCAACCAGGAUGGGGCCGUGGUGUUGGGCCUCCCCGGGUUGCCCUGGUCCAUGGUGCUCUGGUGAGAGGGGCCAUCACUAGAGGUGCCAGUGUGGCCCUUGGGGUGCCUCCCCCUCCAGCAGUAAGGGGAGCCUCUGCUCCAAGAGCCCGAGCCACAGGCAUCCAGAGAAUACCUCUUCCUCCACCCCCAGCACCAGAGACUUACGAAGAAUAUGGAUAUGAUGAUACCUAUGCUGAGCAGAGUUAUGAAAGAUAUGAAGGCUAUUAUAGCCAGGGCCAAGGGGACUCGGAGUAUUAUGACUAUGGACAUGGAAAGGCACAAGAUUCUUAUGAAGCUUAUGGUCAAGACAACUGGAAUGGGACAAGGCCCUCCCUGAAGGCCCCUCCAGCUAGGCCAGUGAAGGGGUCAUACAGAGAGCACCCAUAUGGACGUUAUUAAAACAAACAUGAGGGGAAAUUAUCAGUUAUGAGCAAAGUUGUUACUGCUUUCUUGUAUCUCCCAGGAUUCCUGUUGCUUUACCCACAACAGACAAGUAAUUGUCUAAAUGUUUUUCUUCAUGAUUCCCUUCUCCCCUCCUUCCUCCAUCCUCACCCUGCAUUCUGGCUUCUGUGUGUAGUAUUUUAAAAU